AAAAAAAAUGUUUACAAAUUGGCUAACGGGCACUACCGGUUUAACAAAUUCCGCCACAUCCUCCACUUCAAAUGCUAAUUCUUUAACAACCCGUCUAACAGAAUCAAAUAAUCAUCUUAACGCCUCCUCUACAACUACUACUAACAACUCAAAUAAUCCUGCCGCUGUAACUUUUUUAAAUAGUCAUAAUAAUUUAAGCAAUUUAAAUUCAAAUAUUAUGUCAUCUCCUCCAGAUAUAGUUUUGGAGGUGGGACCUGCUCCCUCUACUAUACGUUUUAUGGCCCAUGGUUUAGUUUUGGGCAUGCAUAGCGGUUAUUUACGUUCAGCCAUACGUUUAGAUGAACGUGGCGCUGGAGGUGCCUCAAAUACUGGUGCUGGUGUUGGCGCCUCAAAUGCUGCCGAUAUUAUUGUUUAUUUGACAAAUGUUACGGCGGAACAAUUUGCGCCGCUUUUGACUUACAUGUAUACGGGCUAUUUGGAUUUAAAUGUGGAAAAUAUUUUUGGUGUUUUGUUGGCAACGCAUGUUUUACAUAUGCCCAGGGCUUUGGAAAUUUGUAGAUCAUAUUUAGCACGUGCCCAAACAGAAGGUUACUUUGGUCCCAACAACACUGCAUUAAACAAUCCCACAAAUAAUCAUCAAUCCAUACCAGCAGCCACAACAACAAGCGGUAAAAUUAUACGACCCAUUGCUAGUAAACCGCCUUUAGCAAAUUUCGGAUUUUUGCCCAUAACUCAUCAGCCCUUAGCCCUAAAUCCCAUAACUCCUGCCACAACAUCCAGCAUAACAAGUAACAAUACAACCGUACAAGAAAAUAAAACUACAACGGCCCUAGAAGAUCUACAAAAGGAUGAAGAAGAUGAUAUAGAAGUAGAUGAGGUAGAUAAACAAUCGCUGAACAAUGAAAAUCAAAUACCCAUAGCUGAUGAUGAGGAAGAAGAUGUUGAAGUAUUUAUAGAUUCCAAUUCGGAAGCUGAAGUAGUAAUAGAAACGCAAAUACAUAAAAUGUCGUUUAAAAAAUUAAUGGAAAAUAAAAAAUUACAUCAAGAAAGGGAAUCAUCGAAAAAAUCGCAUCAUAGAAAAUCAUCACAUCACAAUAAAUCGGAGAGAAGAAGAAAGGGUGGUUCUUCGGGUUUGCAAGUAGCCAAGGCACCCAUACCAGCCUCCCAGCUGGACACUUCGGAGGCUAAUAAAGUGAUAAUAGAUGUGGCCAGUUGUGAUGGGCCUGUGCGUUUUAAACGUAUUUUAAAUACGGCUUAUGGUCAUAAACCUGAAGCAUGCAACUCCAACAAUCAUCAUUCCGGUGGCGGUAUAGCAGGGCCCUCCAUACCCGAACGUUCUUUGCAAAGUGUCUCGCUAUCAUUUCAUCAACAAAUGGCCAAAACCAUUAGUCAGCAACAGCAAUUGCAGCAAGCUGAAGAAUCAGAGAAUAGUGAAACCUCUAACGGUAGUUUGGGGGCAAAUGUUAGAACAGCUUCGGAUAAAGCCUCUAGCAGUCGUAAAAUUCAAAGUGAAGUAUUUGUUUGUGUGUACUGUAAGCACACCUUUAAAUCCCAGUAUUGCUAUCAAAAACAUGCCAAACGUCAUUUAAAUCCUCUAACACUGCAAGCCACUUGUGUGCCAGAGGGCAAAUCCAGCAGCAAAGAAGAAUCUGCGGCAAAUGGUGAACUACAAAUAACAAAACAUCAAAAUACUACAGCAGCAAGACCAUUUUAUGUGAGGAAUACUUCUCACUAUCCCUCAGCCUCAGCCGGCCCCAAUACGCUGCAGUCAUCCUCCUCCUCUUCUACUUGUUCGGAAUAUUUAAGACGUGAGGUCAGACCCUUGGAUAUGAAUGUUCAAUAUUAUCCUUGUAAAACCUGUGGCUGUAAGUUUCCCAGCUAUUAUUUUGUUCACAAACAUCGUAAAAUGUGUCAUGCUGAGGAGGAGGCUCAACAGAGUGCUAGUGAUAACAAUGCUGCAAAUACAACGGCUGUUACUACUGCAGCCUCAAUCAAUCCAGAGGAAUGUUUGAAUACUCAAAAUAGUGAUUAA